AUGUUCGGCGCUUCUCCCACUCUGGACCCCAUGACUCUUCAGUCGAUGGGCCGUGGCGGUAUAGGCAUGGGGAUACAACCUCAAGCAUACCAACAGCCUUUAGCACAGUCUACUGCCUAUGGCGGUGUCGGCUUUGGAUUGAGCGGUAUGGGACCUAUGGGCUCUACAAAUAGUGUGGGAGGAGGGACAGGCAUGGGAGGAAUCGGCAUGCCGAUGAUGGGAUCGCCCAUGGGAGGCAUGCUGGCUAUGCCGGGGAUGGGUAUCGGCUCCAUGGGAGGCAUGAGUGGACUCGCAGGUGGCAUGCCUGGAAUGGGCAUGAACCCCAUGGCAAUGCGCGCAAUGGCCAUGGCAGGAGGCGGAAUGGGUAUGGGAAUGAGAGGGGCACUUUGCAAUGGGUUGGUCUCUCCGUGGCUUCGUUCCCGUUCGCAUCGAUUCGAAACCAUCAUCUCCCAUUCACUCCUUGAUCCCUCUGCCCUGCCACGUCGACACCGAGGAUGUGUCAGGAAUAACAACAAUGCUCGGCGUGUGAGAACUCCUGCACUCCGUUCUGCUGCAUUUUCUGCCCUUUGA